AUGGACAUGGCGAAAUCGGUUGAGCAAGAAGAAGAAAGCUACAACUCGAGAUUGUUCGAUCUCGAUAGCAUGAAGGAGAAAGACUCAUCUUCACGGCACGUCAAGAAACGCAACACAGAGUCAGAUUCCGCCUUGAGAACUGAAGAUCCAGACAUGAAUGAUGACGUUGUUUUCAAGAAAACCGCGGCCUCAAGUGUCCGGCCAAUGUUACCGCUUCGACAGCCUCUGGCUAAGGACGAGCCGCCUCAGCCGAAUGAAGCAACUGAUGAAGAACUACAGGAAGAGGCAGGCAAGAGAGAUAACAUUUUUAUAACAUUUUUUCUUAGAUUAAUAAGUCUUCCUGAGGAACAGAUGAAAGAAAGGUUUGCGAAAUUGCUUCUAGGAGAAGACAUGUCAGGAGGAGGAGAAGGUGUUUCGUCAGCUAUGGCAUUAUCAAACGCCAUCACAAAUCUUUCGGCUUCUGCGUUUGGAGAACAACGGCGUUUAGAGCCAUUAUCUGAGGAGAGAAAAAAACGGUGGAGAAGAGAAAUCGGAUGGUUUCUCUCUGUUACUGAUCAUAUAGUCGAAUUCUCUCCAACACAACAAACAAACAAAGAUGGAUCUUCCAUGGAGGUAAUGUCAACGAAACAGAGAACAGAUCUUGCCUCCAAUAUCCCUGCUCUUAAGAAACUCGAUGCUAUGCUCAUUGAUUGUCUUGAUAAAUUCAAGGAUCAGGAUGAGUUCUCUUACGUCACAAGCGAUUCUCCGGAAUCUCUAAAUAUAAACUCGACCAGGAACGAUGAUAAAUGGUGGCUUCCGACAGUCAAAGUUCCUCCUAAAGGCUUAUCUGAAAAGUCCAAAAGGUUUCUAUUGAGUCAGAGAGAGUGUGUGUUCCAAGUGCUUAAAUCAGCAAUGGCCAUAAACGCUGAGGUCUUGUCUCAAAUGGAGAUCCCUGAGAGCUACAUUGACUCACUUCCUAAGAAUGGGAGAGCUAGUCUUGGAGACAACAUCUACAGAACGAUAACAUUAGACACGUUUGAUCCAGAGCAUUUUCUUCUUGAAAUGGAUUUAUCAUCUGAGCACAAGAUUGUUGAUCUAAAGAACAGAUUCGAAGCUUCGGGUGUGAUAUGGAAGAGAAAGAUAGUGCAGAAAGACAACAAGUCGUCGUCUCCAUUUAGUACGAACCUGAGUAUGGAGAAGAGACAACUGCUAGAAGAAAGAGCAGAAACAAUCUUGCUUCUUCUAAAACAAGAAUUCCCAGGGAUCUCCCAAUCCACACUUGACAUCAGCAAGAUACAAUUCAACAAAGAUAUAGGGUUCGCUAUACUGGAAAGUUAUUCGAGGGUUCUUGAAAGCUUGGCGCACACGGUAAUGUCAAGAAUAGAAGAUGUUCUUGAAGCUGAUCAGCUAACUCAGGACUCUGAAAUCGCGGUUUGUAAGAGAUAUAUAGUGAAGGAAACAGAGAGUCCAGUGAUGGAACAAGGCCAAAACUAUUGUCUUUUGGAGGAGAGACCGAAGAAGCAGAAGCCUCCCAUUUCACUGUCAGAGGUAAUGCAAUGGAAUAUGGAAGACCAAGAUCAACCGAAGAAAGAAAAGAACGAAGCACCAUUGAAAGAAUCAGGCAAGAAACUGUUGACCAGAGUGUCAAGCAUGAUCAUGGCUAAUAACAAGAAGACCACUUCUUAUCUUGAAUCUCUUGGAACCACAAGAAGUCCAACCGCAGGACGAUACUCUUGA